AUGACAACCAACCAACCUACAACCUCCACCCCAUCAUUUCUCUCCUCCCUCUUCACCCGCCAACCACCACAGCCACAACCACCAACACCAGCCUACCACAAUCCCACCGAAAUCCCGGCUAUCAAAAAAGCCCAGAAACACGCCAGCGGCACGCGCACAAAACAACUCAUCCGCGCCGCAGAAAGAGACUACGAUGAUCCACCGGUACCCGGCGAGUGCUGCGGGAGUUCGUGCGAUCCGUGCGUGAUGGAUUUGUGGAGGGAGGAAAUGGCGGUUUGGAGGGAGAGGUGGGGUGGGAAUGUUAUCGAGAAGAAGGGGGGAUUGGAUUGGUGA